AUGAGGUUGUAUUAUACCAAUCUGGUAAGAGAUAAAAAAUGUUUGAAUUUCAUAAAAGUUGAAAAGAAAUAUGGAGGUACAUCUCUAUUAAGCAAGAUUGGUCAGGCAUUUAAUCAAGAACAUUUAAAAAAUAUGAAAAUUAAAUUGGAUAAUGUAAAAAGAAGUAGUUCACCUUUUUUUGGUACAUCCAUGGAAAGUAGUAAUAAUAUAUUUAAAAAUUUUAUAGAUAUAUUUCGAAAUAAUAAUAAUAUAAUAAAAGAUAAAUUUAAAAUAAAUGAUAAUGAAAAGAAAGAAAAAGAAUUUUAUAUGUUCUAUGUGAAUUCAUUAAUGAAAUAUGAAGGUUUAUUUACAUAUGGAAAAUUUCAAUCAUUUCUAAAAGAUUUAUGUGAUUAUUUUAAUAUAUUUAGUAUAAAAUAUAAAUAUAAAAAGAAAAUGAAUCCUCAAUUUGAAAAAUUAAAAAAACAAUAUGAAGUAUUAAAUUCAUUUUUACCUUAUGAAUUAGAAAAUGAUGAUUAUAAAAUUUUCACACAAGAAAGCAAAAAAUAUAUAGCUCAAGCAGCUAAUGUAGAUAUAAAAUUUAUAGAUGAGUUACUUCUUUUUCAUGAUACAUUAAAAACGGAUCGUACAUGGUUUUAUAGAAGAAAAGUAUUAAAAAGAAAUAUACCAGAAAGUUUUGAAGCUAGAGAAAUUGAAGCUCCAUAUGAUAGACCAGUACCUAAGACAUAUAAUUAUAAUAUUAAAGAACAUUCAUUAGAAUAUGAUGAAUAUAUGAAAAAACAUGGAAGGAAAUUAAAAUUUAAACUAUGGAAUUCAAAACAACAUCCAUGGUUUAGAAAAAAUACAUCAGGAAGAAAUAGAUGGGCUACAAGACCAUACACAAAACAAUUUCCUUAUCUUUACUAUUCUCGUGUACCUAGUCACAUGUAUUUAUCUAAAAACAAGCCCAAAAUUUCAAAUUAA